AUGCCUCGGGGGCAGAAGAGUAAGCUCCGUGCGCGUGAGAAACGUCGCCAGGCCAGGAAGGAGACCCAGAAUCUCGGGGGUGCUCAGGUCACUGCAGCAGAGAUAGAAGAGUCCCCCUCCUCGUCAGCUUCUGUUUCUGGGGAUGCUCCACUGAGCGCCCCUGCUGCUGCUGCUGCUGCUGGCCAGGAGCCGCAGGGAGCCCCAGCCACUAGCUCUCCUGUUGCAGGGGUUUCACGCCCAAGAUCUGAUGUACGUGCCAAGAGCCAAGUUGAGAAAAAUAAAAAGGCUUCCCAAGCGUCAGCCUCCAAUGAGAGUUCUCGCAAAGAUCCUCUAUCCAAGAACGUGAGGAUGUUGAUGCAAUUCCUGUUAGAGAAGUAUAACGUGAAAGAGCCCAUUAUAAAGGCAGACAUGCUGAAGCUUGUCAACAAAAAGUAUAAGGGGCACUUCCCUCAGAUCCUCAGGAAAGCUGCUGAGCGCCUGGAGCUGGUCUUUGGCCUUGACUUGAAGGAAGACAAGCCAAGUGGUCACUCCUAUACCCUUAUCAGCAAGCUAGACCUCACCGAUGAUGGGAGUGUGAGCAGUGGCAGUAGGUUUCCUAAGAAUGGGCUUCUGAUGCCUCUCAUGGGUGUGAUCUUCUUGAAUCGCAACCGGGUCUCUGAGGAGAAGAUCUGGGAAUUCCUGAAUAAUAUGGGCGUCUAUGAUGGAAAGAAGCAUUUACUCUUUGGGGAGCCCAGGAAGCUUAUCACAGAUUUGGUGCAGGAAAAGUACCUGGAGUAUCGUCAGAUACGCGAUAGCAAUCCUCCGCGCUAUGAGUUCCUGUGGGGUCCAAGAGCCCAUGCUAAAGUCAGCAAGAUGAAAAUCCUGGAGUAUUUGGCCAAGGUCAAUGAUACCACCCCUAGUGCCUUGCCAGUCCAUUAUGAAGAGGCUUUGAGAGAUGAGGAAGAGAAAGCCCGAGCCAGAGCUGCAGCCAGGGCUCGUACUCCUGCCAAGUCCAGUGCGCGUUCCAAGGUCAUGUCUAGCAGUUCCUCCCACCCCUAG